UCUUUGCAGGUGUUCCCAGAGGCCCUGAUUUUUAAUCAUGGCUGGAAGGACUUUUAGUUUUAAAAGCAAAAGGAAAUAGUGGAUCGCCUAGUUUGAGCUGGAUAUUGUAGGCUGUUUAACUCCAUCCAGUUACCUGUCCUGACCAUAAUGUCUUGCAUUUCAGUAAUGCAUAAUGUGCUUUUUAUAAGUGCAGUAUGGGGUUGGGGGAUUCUUUGUUUUCUUCAAAAAAACACGUGAUCUUGCCUUGUAAUCACCCAGUGGUAUGGCGGUCUCUCCUUUUUUUCUGUAUGAUUGUUGUAGACCUUGAAUUUGCAGAGGGACGAGAUAUUUUAGUGUACAGCUGAGUAGUUACUUCGGGGUGCCUUUUACCAUCUCUGUUUGUCAUUUAUGAACUUGAACACAUGGUGUAAUGCAGCCACUAGAGCUGAGGAAAGUGGGAGCGCUGCCAGGCACAACAGCCUGGAAAUGCCCAGAAAAUUAAUUUGGAUGUGCUUUCAGUGGUGUAAAUUAUAAAGAAAAAGUCGUGCACAUCACGAUGAGUUGUAAGCAUUGAGGAAUACCUUUGCAAUGUGUGGUUUACACUUCCUUCACCUUAGUGCAGCUAUGGUUAGUAUUGUAAGCUAAGUUAGAGGUUAUUCCAGGCAGCAGUUUGCUGGGGGAAGAAGGCGUUCAGGUUAUUCCUGCUUGGUACCACUGGAGUCCCGAGUUCUCUACUUACUGAUGGGGGGACCAAAAGGGAAGGUACUCACCGUCAGGCAAGCAUGGCCUGCAUUACAUUUGCAACUAAGGAACAAUGAGAACAUUAAUGAAGACCCUUUUUGUUCCCACAGGUGGUUUACUCACUUUUAUGUGGUUUCUGUGCUCUGGAACGGCUUUCUGCUGAUCUGGCUUUUCCAAGCUGAGUUCCUGGGAGGGUCACUGCCAUCAUGGAUUCAGCACAUGCACCGUGCUUUUGGCAGAGAUUCUCAGAGCGAGGACACGGAUAGUGAGCACUUCUCUGCGCUCCUGGUUCUCCUGCUGCUUUGGCUGCAUAGCUGUCGAAGACUUGCAGAAUGCCUCUGGACCAGCGUGUUUUCCAAUGGCGUCAUUCAUAUCGUGCAGUAUUGCUUUGGACUUGGUUACUACAUUGCCGUUGGCUCAACGGUGCUAUGUCAAGUGCCUACUAACGUCAGGAAUGGAAGAGCGCUUUCUGUGCAGAUCUGCUGGUAUCACAUUGUAGGAGUUACGAUGUACAUUUGGGCCUCUCUUCACCAACACAGCUGUCUUGUGAUUCUAGCUAAUCUUAGAAAAAGUAAAUCAGGAAAGGUCGUAAGUCUGAGCCACAACAUACCUUUUGGAGACUGGUUUGAGAGAGUUUCUUGCCCUCAUUAUUUUGCAGAGCUCCUCAUAUAUGUAUCUAUGGCCAUCACACUUGGAUUUCACAAUGUGACGUGGUGGUGUGUAGUGAUGUAUGUUCUUUUCAACCAGGCACUGGCUGCUGUUUUGUGUCACGAGUUCUACCAGAACAGCUUUAGUUCCUACCCAAGGCAUCGAAAGGCAUUUAUACCAUUCGUUUUUUAGAAUAUUUCUUCUAAAGUAUCUUUAGUGCAAACUGGGAAAUGUUUUCGAUAAGGGAAUAAGAGAUUUACAGUUUAUUGAAGCCAGGGUAAAAAUCGCACAUUUCCUCUAAUUCUAGCUUAAAAGCUCAUAAUUUUAAUGAUAAUCUCAUCCGUGUUACCAGUGUCUGUGGGGAAUCGUAAUUUAAGGUAUCUGCAUAUCAUACAAGCUAAAAAAAGGUUUACUGAAGACCUUAAUUCAAACUGAAGAGAAGCUAAUUGGCUCUUUUUCUGGUUUACAGUUGUAUCUUACACAUAAAGCACUCACUGUUGUGCAGCAAGCCCAAAUACAUAUACAUGAAAACUGUGUAGUGAAAGGAGGGUGCAGGGAAUCAUUUGAGCUACUGUGUUUCACCCCUCGUCUAAAAUUUAAGCGUAUUUUUUUCCUAGUCUCUUUUCUUUGGAUCACUUCAGAGGGAGGCAAAUUGCAUAUUGUCUUUCUGUGCUUCCCUGUUGAUAAUUAAAACCAGCCACUGCUUUAUAACGGCAAGCACAAAAACCGGUGGAGAAAGCUGCGGUGGAGGAAUGACUCAUGCUCAGCAGUGGCGGUAAACAGACCCGUGCUCUGCAUUAUCUCUUCUGCACCAAAGCAUUUUCAGGCAUUGGUGAAAACUCCUUGCUUAUCCCUAAAUUGGGAAAAUCAUGGAAGGUUCUCUGCCUAGAGAGACGGUAGAAGAGGAAUUUGCAGAAAAUUAAUGUUCUUGGUUAUGGUUCUGUCAUCCUUACAGGGGGUUAUUUGGAACCCCUCGCGUGUUAGAGGGGGCACUUGUAGGGGAUGACCUAACCAUGACUACAUCGGUUUUUAAACCACCUGUGAGAGCAGAUGUCAUGAACUGCUGAGGCAGAGAACACACAGAAACCCUUACCUGACAAGCGUUGCAAAGGAAUUCGUUACUGGGGAGAUGAUGUCACUCAGCACAGGGGUUGUUUUUCACACUUAACCACGGAAUGUUUGGGUCCUUUUCAUGAUACUGGAGCGAAUGAUCAGUUUGCGUGGCGUAGCAUAUGGAUGCUGGUGUUUCAGCGGGUUUUCUACUUACACGCAUCUAUUAUUUUGUACACGAGAAGAAUUUUUAUACACCAAAGUAUAUCGAAUUACCUCAUUAAAACAGUUUAUUACACCUUCGGCUUCCAUUCUGGGUAAUUUUUCCAAAUCGAGCUGUGUUAUUUGCAAAACACGAGCAAUUAAUUGGCACAAAGUGUUGGCUCUCGCAACCCUCUCGCCGUCGACACUUCCAUAGCUUCGGCUCACCCUGGUACAUAAACAAUCCUCUCGCGGGACCCCAUCUUUCCGUAUGGUUGGGAUUUUGGGUUUGUUUUUUUUCCCGGCGGUUCUCGGGAGGCUCCCUCAGCGCCCUUUCCUUGCCCGUAGGCAGCUCCCAAGGGAGGAGGGACGCGCUGCGACUCGCCCGCUCCCCCGGGAAAGCCGCGCAGCCGCCCGGCUGGUCCUCCGUCGGCGCCGGGAACCGGAGAAGGAGCUGGAAACCAAAGCCUGGGUCUCACCCCGG